ACUCAUUGGAGCGACCUGUGCACCACGGGAUCUGAUGCAACGUUAGAAUUGAGGAAGCAGCCGCAGCACGCUGCGGUGACAGGGCAGCUGCGUUUUGGGAGGCGAUGUCCUUGGAGGUGACAGAGGCAGCCGCGAAGAUGGUACUAGCAGAGCUAUACGUCUCGGAUCGAGAGGGGGAUGAUGCUACAGGUGAUGGAACCAAGGAGAAACCUUUUAAAACGGGUCUGAAGGCUCUGAUGACAGUGGGCAAAGAACCGUUUCCUACCAUUUACGUAGAUUCACAGAAAGAAAACGAGCGAUGGGACGUUAUUUCUAAAUCACAGAUGAAGAACAUCAAGAAAAUGUGGCAUAGGGAACAGAUGAAGAGUGAGUCCCGGGAAAAGAAAGAGGCAGAAGACAAUUUGAGGAGAGAAAAGAACCUGGAAGAAGCAAAGAAGAUUACCAUUAAAAACGACCCCAGUCUCCCAGAGCCAAAAUGGGUGAAGAUUCAUGCAUUAGAAGGGUAUAGAGGCCAAAGAGUCAAGGUGUUUGGCUGGGUCCACAGGCUGCGGAGACAAGGAAAGAAUCUAAUGUUUCUGGUGUUGCGGGAUGGUACAGGGUAUCUUCAGUGUGUCUUAUCGGAUGAUUUGUGUCAAUGUUACAAUGGAGUACUCCUGUCCACUGAAAGUAGUGUUGCAGUGUAUGGAAUGCUGAAUCUUACCCCAAAGGGCAAGCAGGCUCCUGGGGGCCACGAGCUGAGCUGUGACUUCUGGGAGCUGAUCGGGCUGGCCCCCGCAGGGGGAGCGGAUAACCUGAUCAACGAAGAGUCCGACGUCGACGUCCAGCUCAACAACAGGCACAUGAUGAUCCGGGGAGAGAACAUGUCCAAAAUCCUGCGAGCGCGCUCCGUGGUCACCAGGUGCUUCCGAGACCACUUCUUCGACCGGGGCUACUGUGAGGUGACUCCUCCGACGUUGGUGCAGACACAAGUGGAAGGAGGUUCCACCCUCUUCAAGCUUGACUACUUCGGGGAAGAGGCGUUUUUGACUCAGUCCUCUCAGCUGUACCUGGAGACCUGCAUCCCAGCGCUGGGAGAUGUGUUUUGUAUCGCACAGUCGUACAGGGCAGAACAGUCCAGGACACGGAGGCACCUGGCUGAAUACACUCACGUGGAGGCCGAGUGCCCUUUCCUGACCUUUGAGGAGCUGCUGAACCGACUGGAGGACUUGGUGUGUGACGUGGUGGAUAGAGUCCUGAAAUCGCCUGUGGCAAGCAUAGUGUAUGACCUCAACCCGAACUUCAAGCCCCCCAAACGGCCUUUCAAACGGAUGAACUAUUCCGAUGCUAUUGUGUGGCUGAAAGAACACAAUAUAAAGAAAGAAGAUGGAACUUUCUAUGAAUUCGGAGAGGAUAUCCCAGAGGCUCCUGAGAGACUGAUGACGGACACCAUUAAUGAGCCCAUCUUGCUGUGUCGGUUUCCCGUGGAGAUCAAGUCCUUCUACAUGCAGCGAUGUCCCGAGGAUUCGCGCCUCACCGAAUCUGUGGACGUGCUGAUGCCCAACGUCGGUGAGAUUGUGGGAGGCUCCAUGCGCAUCUGGGACAGUGACGAAAUGCUGGCGGGCUAUAAAAGGGAAGGCAUUGACCCUACUCCCUACUACUGGUACACAGACCAGAGGAAAUACGGCGCCUGUCCUCACGGAGGGUAUGGCUUGGGCUUGGAGCGGUUCCUAACCUGGAUUCUGAAUAGGUACCACAUCCGAGACGUGUGCUUGUACCCUCGCUUCGUCCAGCGCUGCACGCCGUAGCCGGUCCCUCCCCACGCCCUGCGUGCGGCAGGAGCACGGGCUGUGGGUCAGGAGAGCAGCUGACUGCCUCGCCACCAAGAACAAAAAGCCAGGACCUUCCCUUUCCGUCCCAUGGGGCUCUAUCCGGUUCUGUUUCCUCUUUUUGUUUUCUGUUCCUGCUGCCACAAAAAGCAGUCCCAACCCUGGAACAUAAAGUGACACUCAAGUGUCGUUUUAAGAAAAAAUACCCAUAACGAAAAUUUGGGAGAAACACGUGGCAUGUAACUCUGCUGUUAUGAAUACAUCUCAGCAUUUUAUAGAAUCAUAGGUUAUAAUCUUUAUACUACAUACCAUAUAUAUAUAAUUAAACAGUUUUUAAUUAUGGUCUAACACAUUCCAGUUACUUAAACUCUGUCCUUUUAAGUUUAACUGAAAUUCUUUAAUUGGCAUCAUUUUAUUGUAUCAGUGAGUUAAACAUCUUGGGAAGAUUGACACAAUGGUGUAAAAAUUUGCUAGUAUUAGAACGGUAUAAUUCAACAGGAGAAACUGGAGUCAAAUCAAUAGUCUCUUGCAGCAAUUACUAAUCUUUUCUGAAUCUGUACAGCUGCUUAUAAUUCUGAGGCAUACCAAUUGCUAUAGAAGAAUUUGUCAUUUGAAGAGCAACAUUUUUUUUCAGUACUUCAGUGAACGGCAUCCUUCCUAGCAUUAAUGCAAGCUAAAGGCAGACUGACCGACCUUCUUUCCUGGUAGCUCCGAAAUAACUAAGAAUAAAUAUGUUCCAAAGAACUCCUAAUGA